CUUCAGCAGGACUUUCUCACGCAUGCGAUGCUGCACAAGAAGGCGGCGCUGCUCACGACGCUCCUCAAGCUCAGCCUCGACACGGACCCGGACGUCUCGACGCUCUACGUGCCCAUGCCGCUGCCGUCGACCAAGCCCGCGCCGCCUCUGGUUUCGGACGCCCGGCCGACAAGCGCCGAGCCGGCCGCCAAGGCCAAGCCCUCGGACGACGCAACGUUCCGCGCCUUCACCAAGCAGCACGACCAGUCGUGCGAGAUCCCCGAGUCGGUGCUCUUAAAGGAAGUCCUCUACGCGUUCCAGGGCAUCGAUUCCAAGUACAUCUACUUCAACCCAGCGAUCGAGCGCUUCGAGGUCGCCCGGCACGUCGGCGUGCCCCUCCCCAUGCGCGACUUGAUCCGCAAGCUCACUGAAGUCGGCUGGCUCUACUCGCGCCUCGCGAGCUUCAUCGAGCGCCACAGCGAUGUCCAGGCCAACGGCGUCAUUUGCCAGAGCUUUUGCCACGCACUCCAAACCGAGCUCUCGGACUUUUACCGACUCGUCGCGCUUCUCUCGGCGCAGGUCGACAUGGAUGCAGACACGACAAGCACGCCGCACCUGACGCUUAAGCGACUCUACGUCUGGACCCAAGACCCAUUGGAUCGGCUUCGUGUCAUGGCCUGCCUCGUCGAUAGCGUCGAGGGGCUUCGCGGUGGCGCCCUCGCCACCGGCAUCCACAUGUACAUGGAGCACGGCGACCCGUUCGUCAAGAGUCUCAUCCAGACGAUCCUCAACCAAGUUGCGGCGCCGAUUCUGAGCAUGAUUCAAAAAUGGACGCUCGAAGGCGCGCUCGAUGACGUCUAUAAUGAGUUUUUGUGGCGGGCGACCCGACCGUGCCCGACGACCAGCUCUGGAGCCACAAGUACCACGUCGAGUACAAGAUGCUGCCGCACUUCAUUUCCAAGGACCUCGCGCACACCAUUUUUGUCAUUGGCAAGAGUCUCAACUUUAUCCGGACGUGCUUGGGUCCUCGAAACCGAGCUGCAGAACGAUACGCUCACGUUCGAGCACUGGAUCGAAUUCCAAGCGUGGAUCGACCGUGCGGCGCGCGAGACGAACGCGUAUGUGACGAAAAUCCUCUUGGAAAAGUACCAGCUCCUCGACCACUGCCGCGCGCUCAAGCAGUACCUUCUCCUUGGCCAGGGUGACUUUAUUCAGUGCCUCAUGGACCUCCUCGGGCCGGAGCUCUCGAAGCGGGCGUCGCAGCUGUACCGCCAUAAUCUGAUGAACGUGCUCGAGACAGCGCUGAAUGCGUCCAACGCCAAGUACGAGUCGGCCGAGAUUUUGAGCCGCCUCGACGUCAAGCUGCACCAAGCAGCGGCCGGCGACGAAGGCUGGGACGUCUUUGCGCUGCAUUACAAGCUCCAGCCGCCGCUCAAUACCGUGAUCCAAGAGACGACCAUGUCCGAGUACCUCCGCAUGUUUUCUUUCCUCUUUCGCGUCAAGCGUGUCGAGCACUCGCUCACGUCGUGCUGGGGCCGCGACAUGAACCUCCUCAACGACAUUAGCAAGACGCUACCGGAAGCGCGGGCGGUCAUGCAUCAUUGCAACCUGCUUCGGUCCGAGAUGAUCCACUUUACGACCAACUUGCACAACUACAUGAUGUUCGAGGUACUCGAGACGUCGUGGCACACACUGCUCAAAAACGUCCAAGCCGCGUCCGAUUUGGACGAGCUCAUUGCGGCCCAUCAUGCGUACUUGUACACGAUCAAGAAGAACGCCUUUUUGAUGGACGAGAGCAAGCCGAUGCUGCUCCAGCUCAAGCUCAUUUUCGACACGAUCAUUACCUUUUGCAAGCUCCAAGACUCACUCUACACGUCCGCGAUGCGGGAAGCCCACGUACUCCGACAACAGGCCAAAGACCGCCACGGCGACUGGGGCAUCUCGGUGCACGACCGGUCGACGCCGUCCGUCUUUGCGCCCCACUCGGCGUAUGUGACGCAAAUGCGCACGAUUGCCACCGACUACAACGCGCAUUUUCAGUCGCUCCUCGAGAUCCUCAAGAGCCACUCGAUCGGGUCCGAGAACCUCCCGUUUCUGACGUUCCGGCUUGAUUUUAACGAGUACUAUGCGCGCAAGCGCGCCAGCGACUAGAGCCCCUUUUUUCGACUGGAUUGCAAUUAAAGGCAACUUGAUAUACUGAUAUUUUG